UCUCUGAAUUCUGCGUUAGUAAAAUACGAAACUAAACACGGGAAGUAGAAGUCAACGCGCAUGUAACUCUGCUACUUCCUUUCUUAGAUUAACUCGUAUACGUUGUGACGCAAGAUGGGACGAGUUAUUAGGUCCCAACGUAAGGGAGCUGGAAGCGUCUUCCGUGCCCACACCAAACACAGGAAAGGUGCAGCUAAACUUCGUGCUAUUGAUUAUGCAGAACGUCAUGGUUUUAUCAAAGGUGUGGUCCGGGAUAUCCUCCAUGACCCUGGCCGCGGGGCUCCCCUAGCUCGUGUCAGCUUCAGAGAUCCUUACCGCUACAAACGAAAAACUGAAACCUUCGUCUGUGCAGAAGGAUUAUAUACUGGACAAUUCAUUUACUGUGGCAAAAAAGCUACACUACAGGUUGGAAACAUUCUUCCUCUCGGUGCUAUGCCUGAGGGUACCAUUAUCUGUAGUGUGGAAGAGAAGACAGGUGACCGUGGAAAGCUAGCUAGAGCAUCAGGCAACUAUGCUACAGUUAUUUCACACAAUUUGGAAACCAGGAAGACUCGCAUCAAGCUACCGUCAGGCUCAAAGAAAGUUGUUCCUUCAACCAAUCGUGCUAUGAUAGGUAUUGUUGCUGGUGGUGGUCGUAUAGACAAACCACUUCUGAAAGCUGGUCGUGCGUAUUAUAAAUACAAAGCUAAGAAAAACUGUUGGCCAAAAGUCCGAGGUGUUGCUAUGAAUCCUGUUGAGCAUCCUCACGGAGGUGGUAACCAUCAGCAUAUUGGUAAAGCUUCAACAGUCCGGAGAGAUACAUCAGCUGGACGAAAGGUCGGUCUUAUUGCUGCCCGUCGUACUGGUCGUCUCCGAGGUUCCAAACAAUCAACUGGCAAGGUUGAUAAAGAAUAGAUUGAGGCUUAUUAAACUACUUGUACAGAAGCAAAAUAAACUGGGAAAUUACUUGAAA